AUGAAAUUUGUCGCGGUCGUGCGAUUUGGUCGGCCAAAUCCUGCGUAUGGACGAGAAAUUUCGGCCGAGGCUGAUCGUUUGCUUCCCGGAUCAACCGUAACGGUCGGUCCGUUCCGAUACGUGAUUUCGGCCGAGCGCGGCCUGUUCCUUCUCUGUCCGUGCGUGUCGCGGGGACGGUUUCUGUCGCGCGAUAGAGCAUCCGGCCGAGCGAGAGACGUUCCUUCCCGGAUCAACCGGUAUGGUCGGCCCGGUAGGAAAUUUUUCUCGGCCAAAAUCUCCUUUGCGCGUGAUCGCGGGAUCAGGUCUUCCCUUUUCCUAUCCCUGAUUCUGCAAGUGCACAGGUCAAAAGUAGCAAACGGGUAUCGAACACAAGGAGCAGAUAAGUACACUUCGAAGUAUUGCAAGUCUAAUAUAGCUAGAAAACAAGUAUGA